AUGGAGAUCUUCAUCGUUGCCCUCCUGGCCGCGGCCAAGAUGGCGUCCGCCCACUUCGAGCUCCAAUACCCAAUCUGGCGAGGCGACUCCUUCCUGCCGCCAGCGUCGCAGUACAUCUUCCCAUGUGCCAACGUGAACACCACCGCCGAAUCGGACGCCAACCGCACGAUGUGGCCCCUCGACGGCGGCUCCCUGGUGAUCGACUUCCACCACCCGUGGACCUACGUCGCGUUCAACCUGGGCUUCGGCUCCGACAUCGCCACCUUCAACAUCUCCCUGAACCCCAUGCUGCUUAACGAGACGGGUAACGGCACCAUUUGCAUCCCCAAGUGGACGCUCCCUGCGGACUUGGGCAUCGUCGACGGCAUGGACGCGUCCCUGCAGGUCAUCACUAUCGGAGACAGUGGGACUGCUCUGUACAAUUGUGCCGACAUCCGAUUCAGCGCCAACGCGACCACCUUGUCCGGCGACCAGUGCCAGAACUCGACGGGCGUGGACAUCUACCCGCUCGUCCAGCAGCAGGCCAAUGGAUCUACGACACAGGCGACGGCGACCGUUACCGUAACCGCGACCCCUAGCGCCACGACUACCACGACCAAUGCCGGAGGAAAAUUAAGCGUGCAACCUUUGGCAGGUCUUGCUGGGAUCAGCAUCGCCUCCGCUCUCGUCGUGACAUUGGGACUUGGCUUCUUCUAG